AAUUAAUUAAUUAUCUCCCACUCUGUCUCUCUCGAUUUAUUAUUCGCAUUUCUUCUUUAUCGAUCAGGUAGUGAGUGAAGAUGGCAGACGGUGAAGACAUUCAGCCACUCGUUUGCGAUAAUGGAACUGGAAUGGUUAAGGCAGGAUUUGCUGGAGACGAUGCACCAAGAGCAGUUUUCCCGAGCAUUGUGGGACGACCACGUCACACUGGAGUGAUGGUUGGGAUGGGCCAAAAGGAUGCAUAUGUCGGGGAUGAGGCUCAGUCUAAGCGUGGUAUUCUUACUUUGAAAUACCCAAUAGAGCAUGGUAUUGUGAAUAACUGGGACGAUAUGGAAAAGAUUUGGCAUCAUACUUUUUAUAAUGAACUCCGUGUGGCUCCUGAGGAACAUCCAGUUCUCCUUACUGAGGCACCCCUUAACCCGAAAGCAAAUCGUGAAAAAAUGACACAGAUUAUGUUUGAGACAUUUAAUGCUCCUGCUAUGUAUGUUGCGAUACAAGCUGUUCUUUCACUAUAUGCCAGUGGUCGUACUACUGGUAUCGUGCUGGAUUCUGGAGACGGUGUUAGUCACACAGUUCCCAUUUAUGAAGGCUAUGCACUCCCGCAUGCCAUAUUACGUCUGGACCUAGCAGGUCGUGAUCUCACUGACGCAUUGAUGAAAAUUCUGACUGAACGAGGUUACUCCUUCACCACUACAGCUGAACGGGAAAUUGUCAGAGACAUGAAAGAAAAGUUGGCAUAUAUUGCACUUGAUUAUGAGCAGGAACUAGAAACAUCCAAGACUAGCUCUGCAGUGGAGAAGAGCUUCGAGCUGCCUGACGGGCAGGUAAUCACUAUUGGUGCUGAGCGUUUCAGGUGUCCGGAAGUCCUUUUCCAGCCGUCAAUGAUCGGAAUGGAAGCUGCUGGAAUCCAUGAAACGACAUACAACUCUAUAAUGAAAUGUGACGUGGAUAUUAGGAAGGAUUUGUAUGGCAACAUUGUACUCAGUGGUGGUACCACCAUGUUCCCCGGUAUUGCUGAUAGAAUGAGCAAAGAAAUUACUGCGUUAGCCCCAAGUAGCAUGAAGAUUAAAGUGGUAGCUCCACCCGAAAGGAAGUACAGUGUCUGGAUUGGAGGGUCUAUCUUGGCAUCUCUUAGCACCUUCCAGCAGAUGUGGAUUGCAAAGGCAGAAUACGAUGAAUCAGGUCCUUCCAUUGUCCACAGGAAAUGUUUCUAAACACGAUGACGAAGAAAAAUAUAAUAAAAGCUGGGUACUACUGCAUACUCCAUUCUGUGAAUGGAAAACGCCUGCCCAUUUCUUGAUAAACACUUUUCUUCAUCACGCUGGUUUUUUCCAGAAUCCUUUGUUCUUCCAGUUGUUUAGUAGUUGAAAUAGGUAUCCAAUUUGCAUGUCAAUCGUUCUUUCUCGUUUGGAUAUUGCAUCUGUCAACUAUAAAUGAAUGUACUAUUGGCAGAUCUUUUAGGUAGUAUGCAAUUAAAAUAUUUAAGUAGCCUAAUCUUUUGUGUAUGCACACUCUGAAUUGCAUCAUACACAAUGGUUCAUUUGAUUGCUAAUUUAAUGCUAUUGGCCCGUUUA